AUAAAUAACAGCUCUCUUUGAGGAAGAUGCGCAGCUACAGCAGAGCUUUGGAGGCCCCGCUCCUGCCCGACUCACCACUGUUUGCUCUCGCCAAGAACAAGUCGGUCAGGAAGCCGCGCCACAGCCAUGGCUAUUAAAGACACCGCAAAGACACCCAUGGAACCGGAGGUGGCGAUUCACCAAAUUAGAAUUACUCUAACCAGCCACAAAGUAAAAUCUUUAGAGAAGGUAUGUGCUGACUUGAUCAGAGGCGCCAAGAAAAAGAAUCUCAAAGUGAAAGGACCAGUUCAGAUGCCCACCAAGACUCUGAGAAUCACUACAAGAAAAACUCCUUGUGGUGAACGUUCUAAGACUUGAUCGGACUUCUAAUAUCGUUUUCAGACGAAGAUCCACACACGACUCAUUGAUUUGCACAGUCCUUCUGAGAUUAUUAAACAGAUUACUUCCAUCAGUACUGAGCCAGGAGUUGAGGUGGAAGUCACCACUGCAGAUGCUUAAAUCAGCCUUUUAAUAAAUUAUCAGUUAAA